AGGAACUCACACUCCAGGCUUGACAGAGCUCUGCGGCCCGCCCGGCGCCCGGCCGCGCCCGGGGCCGGUUCCUGCCGGGCUGCCCCGGCCGGGGGCGCGGGGCCCCGGCGGCGUCGCCAGGUAACGGCGGCAGGGGAACAUGGCCGCCCCCGGGCCGCGCACGCCCGGAGCCUGCGGGACGCCCCUGGCGCUAGAGGCGCUCGACAACGCGCCGGGGAAGAGGCGGCCUGCCCUCGCUUCCUUCUCCGCCUUCAGCUUCGUCCCGACCAAACGGGACGAGCCCCCGGAGCUCAGCUAUUUCAACCGGCCGCACAAGACAGGAGAUUUCACCUAUGAUGCCAUUUUCGGAAUGUCAGAAGGUUAUGACCAAUAUCUUUCACGAUGUGAUAGAAAACAUGUAAAGGGUCGUGGCCUUAAAAUUCAUGAGGAGGAAAUGGCAAGACCUGUUCCUGUGUUGACCUCUUCAGAGUACGGGAAGCGUGUCCAUAAGCCCUUGGAACCAGCAACCAGAGAGCAUGCAAGGGUUCACAGCCUGCACGCAGCAAUCUACGGCGAAGGCAGCCGCCCUACGCAUUGAAAGAACCUUCUCCAGGCCUGCAUCCACGGGACAUCUCAUCAGCCACAUUUCUCUGGGAAAAAUAAAAACCAUUUUGGAAAGC